AUGUCCGAUUUCCGAAAUAUCAGCUGCGGAAAGGGUCUUGCUCGUCGUCCUCUGUCCGACCCACUUGACAGACAACUCAAUACGCACGUUCUAAUUUUGAGAGCUUCCGACAGCUGCUCUGAUGAAACGCUUCUCUCUGGGACGCUGAACAAGAUGGACAAGUCAUUUUCCGCAUCGAGCUCAACGCUCGCCUCAAUUCCAGCUUCGGAACUCGACGCAUACAUAGCAGACCUCAUCGUACAAAAGGCUCGAGCAAAGCAAGCGCAAUCGUCAGAUCAAGCUACAGGUUCGUACCUUGAGGGCUCUGACGAUGAUAAGCGGACACGGGUGCCAAAUACGAACAAGAGAUUCCUUGCCUCGGUGAUUCAGAAUGUCGAGGGACACAAUCGUGCGUUGUUGCGGAGAGAGGCUAGGGAAGCGGAAGCGAAAUCGAACGUCAAAGGUAAGGGGAACGCUAGAUCGACGGACGACGCAGUUGACACAAAUACAAGGUCCAGAUUGAGAGGUUGGUCAGACGAGGAGGAGGAAAUUGAUGGUCAAGACGAUGAGAAGGAUGUAGGUUUGGCGCUGUCAAGCAAAAUGGAUCGGUAUUUUGAUGAACCAGACGACGCACACGGGUCUGUCGGAAAACAAGAGAAUGCGAGGAAAAGGCCGCACAAAGAGGAUUCACCAGUCAGGAGCUCAUCACGUCGACACAAAAGCGAAGAGGAGGGAGCGAGGGAGAGGAGACAUGAGCGCCGUCGAGACGGGGAGGGCAGACGUCGUUCUGAGAAGCAGGGGGAGAAGGCGACUAGCAGAGACUUCAAAGACAACGGGCAUCGUUCGAGAUCAAGGCGAGAGACUGCGAGCAGCAGUCACUCGCGACGUGACUCGCACAGAAAACGUGAACAGAGGACAGGGGAGACGGAGCGUCAGAGUGAAAAGGACUCGCGCAAGCGGGAACGUGGAUCCGCCGCAGAGCGCAAAGCGGGGGACGGAAGAUCACACAAAGGCGAACGCGAUCGAGACAGGAGCGCUUCUCCUAAAGCAUAUUCUACAGCACAGAAAGUUCGAGAGUGGGAUCUUGGCAAGGACUCGCUUGCUACCUGA